AUGACAACCUACACAACCAACCACGCCACCUCAGUCCUCCAAACCCACGGCUGGCGCACCGCCUCCAACUCCGCCGCCUACCUUCUUCCCUACAUUCACCCGGGCAUGAAAGUGCUCGACAUCGGCUGCGGCCCGGGCAGCAUCACCAUCGAUUUCGCGCGCCUCGUCACCGACGAAGGUCACGUCACGGGGAUCGAAUACGUCGAGGACCCGCUCCCGACGGCCCGAGCCCUCGCGACAUCCCAAGGCGUCAACAACAUCACCUUCCAAACAGGCGACAUCCACAACCUCUCCGACUUCCCCGAUGACACCUUCGACGUGGUCCACGUGCACCAGGUCCUACAGCACGUCGCGGACCCGGUCCGCGCUCUGCGCGAGAUGCGCCGCGUCGCGAAAUCAAACACAGGCGUCGUCGCGGCCCGCGAGUCGGCUGCUUUCUCGUGGUAUCCGGACAAUGAGGCCAUUGCCGCCUGGGACGCCCUGACGCGCCGGGUUGCGAAGGCGAAAGGCGGGAAUCCGCAUCCGGGCCGCUAUAUCCAUGUGUGGGCGGAGGAGGCCGGGUUUGAGACAGCGCGGAUCAAAAAGAGCGCGGGGGCAUGGUGCUUCAGUAGUCCCGAGGAGAGGGCGUAUUGGGGGGGCUCGAUGGCGGAGAGGGUGCGGGAUUCCGGGUUCGCGGAGAUGGUGGUUACGGAGGGGUAUGCGGAUAGAGAGGAACUGGGGGCGGUGGAGAGAGGGUGGAGGAGGUUUGUGGAUUGCGAGGAGGCCUGGUUUGGCUUACUCCAUGGGGAGAUAUUGUGUUUUCAAUAA